CGGUGAGGGUUGUGGAGCGGCCUCAGCCCCAACGGUCGAGCCUGCCAGGCGGUUCGCAGGCGUGGCCCCAGAUGGGGAGCUACUUUGCAGGACUCGCAGAAACGCUAGGUGUCCCCCCAAGCUUGCUUUUCUGCAAAAUGUUGAGAUUUCUGGAGCGGCCUCUAGUGGUGACUGCUGACAUCAACUUGAAUUUGGUGGCCCUGACUGGCCUGGGACUGCUGACCCGACUGUGGCAACUCUCCUACCCACGGGCUGUGGUCUUUGAUGAAGUGUAUUAUGGGCAGUACAUUUCCUUCUACAUGAAGCGCAUUUUCUUUCUGGAUGACAGUGGACCACCUUUCGGUCACAUGCUAUUGGCCUUAGGAGGUUAUUUAGGAGGAUUCGACGGUAACUUUUUGUGGAACCAGAUUGGAGCAGAAUACAGCAGUAACGUGCCGGUGUGGUCCUUGCGCCUGCUGCCAGCCCUUGCUGGGGCCCUGUCAGUACCCAUGGCCUACCAGAUAGUGUUGGAGCUCCACUUUUCCCACUGUACCGCCAUGGGAGCUGCCCUGUUGAUGCUUAUUGAAAAUGCGCUGCUCACUCAGUCCAGGCUCAUGCUGUUGGAGUCCUUACUGAUAUUCUUUAACCUCUUGGCUGUGCUGUCCUAUCUGAAGUUCUUCAAUUCCCAGACACACAGCCCCCAGAGGAUCAGGUCCAGCCUGGAUGGUUCUUGUAGCCCCCAGGAGGAAGCGGGAGGGCUAGCCCGCAUCACCCAGGGCCAGCCCCUGGAGGUGGCCUUUGGUUCCCAGGUCACUCUGAAGAGCGUCUUCGGCAAACCCUUGCCCUGCUGGCUUCAUUCCCACAAGGACACCUACCCCAUGAUAUAUGAGAAUGGCCGUGGCAGCUCCCACCAGCAACAGGUGACCUGUUACCCCUUCAAAGACAUCAAUAACUGGUGGAUUGUAAAGGACCCUGGGAGACACCAGCUGGUGGUAAACAACCCUCCCAGGCCUGUUCGCCAUGGAGACAUUAUACAGCUCGUUCACGGCAUGACCACCCGCCUCCUUAACACGCACGAUGUGGCAGCCGCUCUGAGUCCCCAUUCUCAAGAAGUCUCCUGUUACAUUGACUACAACAUCUCCAUGCCUGCCCAGAGCCUCUGGAAGCUGGACAUUGUGAACAGAGAGUCCAGCCGGGAUACCUGGAAGACUAUCCUGUCGGAAGUGCGCUUCGUGCAUGUGAACACGUCUGCCGUCUUGAAGCUCAGCGGGGCUCACCUCCCUGACUGGGGGUUUCGGCAGUUGGAAGUGGUUGGGGAGAAGUCACGGGGCCACCACGAGAGCAUGGUGUGGAAUGUGGAGGAGCACCGGUAUGGCCAAAGCCAAGAACAGGAGGAGAGGGAACUGGAGCUGCACUCACCCAGCCAGGUUGAUAUCAGCAGGAACCUCAGCUUCAUGGCCAGAUUCUCCGAACUGCAGUGGAAGAUGCUGACGUUGAAGAAUGAGAAUUCAGAACACAAGUACAGCUCCACCCCGCUGGAGUGGGUCACCCUGGACACCAACAUCGCCUACUGGCUACAUCCCAGGACCAGUGCUCAGAUCCACUUGCUUGGAAACAUCGUGAUCUGGGCUUCAGCCAGCCUUGCCACAGUGGCCUACAUCCUACUCUUCCUCUGGUACCUGCUCCGCCGGCGAAGGAGUAUCUGGGACCUCCCUAAGGAUGCCUGGUCCCAUUGGGUACUAGCUGGAGCCCUGUGUACAGGUGGCUGGGCGUUCAACUACCUGCCCUUCUUCCUGAUGGAGAGGAUGCUCUUCCUCUACCACUACCUGCCGGCACUCACCUUCCAGAUCCUUCUGCUUCCGAUUGUCCUGCAGCACAUCAGUGACCACCUGUGCAGGUCCCAGCUGCAGAGGAAUGUCUUCAGUGCCCUGGUUGUGGCCUGGUAUUCCUCUGCAUGCCAUGUGUCCAAUAUGCUACGUCCACUAACCUAUGGAGACACGUCACUCUCACCAGGAGAACUCCGGGCCCUUCGCUGGAAAGACAGCUGGGACAUUCUGAUCCGAAAGUACUAGAGAACGAGAGCACGAAGACAAGCAUGCAGAACAGGAUCUCAAAAAUGUCUUCGUCUUCCACCAGCAGAGGCCUCAGCAGGCAGGACUGGCUGGGUCCAGGAAGGACUCCAGGGAUUAACUGAAGAGCCCUGUUCACUGGUUUCUCCUCAGAAGUGAUUUUUUCCCUCUUCACACAGUGAAGAGUAUGCCCUGCCACAGCAUCACCCAUGAGGCCCAACUCUGACCCAGCCAGUAUUUGAGCUGCCAGUGUAAGAACACCAACGCAGGCAGGAGACCCCGGCCAGGGACAGGACUCCUGAUGAGCCUGAGCUUCCCCAGCUGUGGGCUAAGCCCCCCGCCUUUCACAAGGCCUGCAGUCACCCCAAACAACUCACUGUCUGCAGGCACAGCCGACCUUUGUAAAGCCUACGUUGAAAUCUGACAGCGCAUUUAUACCAAGACUCCUCACUGAUCUGUAUUUUAAAAACCCCUUCUGGGAGAUUCCACCAACUGUCUUCACCUGUCUUCCACAGCCAAGAUGUCAUCC